CUUUUAGAAGAGGUGAUCACUGAACCAAAAAAGAAUAUAGACAGUUGGGGGGUUGUAAUGAAAAUGAAAUCCAUUCCAGAAGGUUUUCAAUUACCAUCUGCUUUUGGUCUUGAAAGUACUCUUGAAGCAAACUUGCGACCUAUGGAAGGUGACAAAAAAUUUCAUGCAACAUUUUGGAACUACUUUAUUAUUGGAUUGGAUGCUGAAGAAUCUUUGGAGAAAAAUGAUGAAUGUUGUCGUUAUUUUAAGCCUUGGCCAAGGAACAUUGUUCUACCUAUUUGCAUUAAAACCAAAGAUCAACAAGGAGAGUGGAAGGAAAUAAGCAUACCCCACAGCAUUAGGCCAAUCGUUUGCCUUAACUUGCCUUGCUUUCCUGAUAGACCAAAUGUAAAAAAAAAAUAUAAGAACUUUAAAGAUCCUUUUGUAAACGAUGAGCUUCUUGAAGUUAUUUGUUUUAGAGAUGCAUGGCAUGGAGAUGAUUUUCUUCCUUCCAAAGAUCGAGGGGAAUGUCUUGCACAGGUAGGAACAAUCCAGUUUGAGCUUUACAAUAGUGCAGUCAGCCACAUCCAUAUGAGCAUUGAUGGGAAUAGAUGGAAACACCCUCUCCCCAUUGAGGAUGACAAUAAGGUGAUUGAGAUUUAUCAUUCAGGAAAAACAAAAGUGUGUGUAAAUUCCAAUUCAAAAUGCAAAUUCAAACAGCUUCAUAGGAGAAUGUCUUUAGAAGAGCCGAGGAGUAUUUUCAGCUCCAUGGUAUAAUAAUCUAGUUGAAUUACUUUAGUAGCAAGUAAAUAUUUAGAUAAUUGCGAUCCAGCUAAGUAGACGGAGAUAAUUGUUUUUCAUUUCAUAAAUUUUGAUGGGAAAAAGAAUUUUAUUUUCUUGAUCCUUAU